AUGACCAAUGCAUUGAAAGAGGCUAUUAAAAAAGAGUUGUCAAAUAAAGGAUCCCAAGAGGCACUCCAAAUUCAGCCGGACAUACAACAACUAGGUGCGCGUGUCAGCACACAGGGAAGUAAUGCUGUUACCAAUGCACAGGCUUCACAAGAACAUGAUGCUGAUGCCAUACCAUUGAUGGGACUGUUUGUGCAGCGUAACGAUGGUACACAAAGGUUGGUGGCCAUGGGGAAAAUAAUGGAGGGGGAUUCAAUCAUACACACAGUGGCAUAUGCAGAUGAUGUUGUCAGGGUAAGUGUAGAAACAGUUAUUGAUCCUGAGGCUGAGGUCCCCUAUGCCACCUCAGAAAUACAAUAUGUGAAGCAGGCCGUCAAUACAUUUGUAGCUUGGCCCACACACCUUGUGAAAGCUGUAUUAGAUGAGCAUCCACAACGUAUUCCACACAACGAGGAUGCACAUGUGCCGAAGCCGGCUAAUGUGAACGCAGAUGAUCCGUUGCGUGAAUUGAUGAAGUACAGUUUCGAUCUUUACGACAAGCCACUUCAAAUCAGCUUUGAUGGGAGAUUUCUUGGAAUUGUAGAUGCAUCUACAUCGAUAUUCAUCACAUAUUCAGAUGUUAUUGAAAUAAUAGCAGGAGACAAAAGUCUGAACAUAUCUGUCAUACAAUUAUGGUUAAUGUAUAUUCAUGAGUGGAGUCAGAUAUUCAGUCAAGGUUUCAUGUAUGCAUUCCUUGAGCCACAGUCGUUGGUUUGUUCAAAGGAUAGACGCAGCGAAUGCGAACAAUAUCUUGAAAGAUGGCUUAAGGAAUCUGACCGAGAGGUGUACAUUGGACCUUACUUCCAUCAGGAACAUUGGCAACUCAUAAUUUUGUGUCCUAGGCAACAUGUUGUUGUUUGGUUCUGUUCUUUGCGUAGGAAACCUGAUAUGCAUAUCAAAGCUACAAUUAAUAGGUUAUCUCAUACCAUAUAA